UUCCCUGAUUCUCCCCGCCCGUCCCGAGCGAGCGUCCUCCCCGUCCGUCAGCUCCUGCCUGCUGCUCGCUCCCUCUUGUCUGCGACAGACUGUUGGUUUUUUAACGUGCAUGCUGCAUCAUGAUGCAUGUGGACUGCAUCUGGGGUCUCUCCUUGUUCCUGUCUCUGACUUUAGGAUGGACAAAGGCUCAGCAGACCAACUACACCAGGCCUGUGUUCCACUGUGGAGGCGAUCUGGUUACAGACUCUGGCUUUGUUGGCAGUGAGGGCUUCCCGAGCUUCUACAAACCCAACAGCAAAUGUACCUGGCGUAUCACCGUCCCGGAGGGAAACGUGGUCAUGCUCUCUUUCCGCAUUCUAGACCUGGAGGCUGACCCACAAUGCCGCUACGACUAUCUGGACGUCUACAACGGCCAAUCCAACCGGGUGCAAAAACUAAAUCGCCUCUGUGGAACUCAUCGGCCCGGUGCUCUGAUUUCUACCACAAACACCAUGAUGCUGGAGAUGGGGUCAGAUGAAGCCACGCAGGGCAAAGGGUUUUUGGCGUAUUUCAGUGGCGCCAAACCGUAUGUCGAUGACCAGCAGUUCUGUGGGUCUAAGAUGACAAAUGCCCAGGGUGAGAUCAAGACACCCAACUGGCCAGACGACAAAUACCCCGCAGCGACCAGCUGCUCCUGGCUCAUCAUCGUGGAGCCUGGAAUGGCCAUUCGGGUGACGUUUGACAAGUUUGUCGUGGAGCCUGACUCGAAUUGUCGGUUCGACUAUGUGCAAUUCUUUAACAGUGGAGCAGACGAUACGAGCAUAAUCGGGAAAUACUGUGGCGAUCGGGCCCCGGAGCCUAUCACCAGCAGCGGCAACAUGCUCAUCGUCCAGUUUGUGUCCGACUCAAGUUUGACAUUUGAUGGAUUCCUCGCCCACUAUACCAGCGUACCAGGUGCUUCUCAGAUACCGACAUUCAACUCAGCAGCCGGUACUGGGACCAACCCCCUAAAACCGGCAUACUUUCCUGGCGCCACCAUAAAGCCACCGGUCCCCACUGCCAAAAAUGUGCCACCAGAGCCCACCAGGAAACCAAAACCGGUCAAACCCACGAGGGGCCGUGGACAGGGCACCACAGGCCAGGAGGGGAGGCAACCCGUCACUAGGCCAAAUGGAAAGAAGCCUGUCCCUCAAAACCCCCUUUGCACCAAAGCAUGUAAAAGAGAUGGAACCAUCCGGAGCAGUUUCUGUGCCAGUGAAUUUGUGGUCACUGGUACGGUGACCUCUGUUCCCCGGAUACGAGGAUCUAUUCAGGUCAGCAUCACCCUCAUUAAGGCCUACAAAGCAGGACGACUAACAAUGACCCCAGUGGGAGAGACCGUGACUCUUGAGCUAUUGUCACAGUGCAGGAACUGCCCGUUUCUCAGCAAAGGUGCCAAUUACAUUAUCAUGGGACAGGUGGACAGAGAAGGACGUGGUAUCCUGAAACCUGGGUUCUUCACAGCGCCAUAUAAACCCCAACAUGAAAGAUUAUUAAUGAAUAUCAGCCAACAACCCUGUUAACCUCACACACCUUUCAAGGCUGGGAAAUUCAGAUGACAUAUGAUGAUAGAAAUCACACUGUGAAGUACAAAUCUAUUAAUGCACAAUAUUACAGUAAGAAUUUCACUUCACUUUAAUCCACCAUAAUAAAGGAAUAAAAAUGAUUUUAUUCAAACAACUGCCAAACCUAAUGUUUGUAAUUUAUAUAUCAAUAAAGGUUUUUAUAUCUCAUUCA